AUGUCUGACCUCUUUCCUGCUGAACUCAGGCUGGCCAUUUGUGCCUACAUUCACACAAGCUGCAUCCCACCUCCCAUCCCAUCUCUCGAUCCUCUCGUCCCUCACUUGUCUCAUGGAGCCCCGACAGCGCUUCCAUCUUCAAUGCCGCCGGCCAGCUGGCCAGAACCCGUGGCCAGGAAAACACUAGCACAACUUUGUCUAGUGAACAGAGCCUGGUACCAAGCAGCGAAACCUUGGUUGUGGGACAAACUUGAGGUUCGCUUACCACGCACGUUCCUCUCUAUGGUCGAAGGCAUUGCUUGGGACUACGAUGAGGAGACUGUCGAUAUGGUUAUGAGCAACACCAUUCGUGCGGCAACUCAGGCCGUGAUCAGGUCGUCCAGUCCUCAUGACGCCCAUGACCUUGAGGAAAGAAUUAUCUCUUGCCUCAACGCUCCAGACGAAUCAAUUCCCAUCGAAUUACUCUCCCCUGUUGCCUCUCGGGAGCCUAGCCCUCGUCGGCUACGAACAAAAAGCAAGUCUCCUGCUCGCUGGGAGAUUUUGCGCUCCAUCAGCGAUACAAUCCAAACUCUUUUGGACUUAAGAGACCCCGGUAUUUACAUUCCGACACCGGAUGACCCACGCCCCGGCAGAUUCGUCCGCCAUCUGGAUUUCAACCACUUUCGAACCCUUGGUAUGCGUCGAUCAGUCGGAGAGGGCCUCAAUAGUCCAUUCGUGACAUCACAUAGAGUGGAGGCAAUGAUCAAGGAAAUGCCAAAUUUGCUUGUGUUUGGUGCCACCGAAUUCAUGGAUAGCUCCCUCAAUCUCCGCAUUCUCAACGAACUGUUUCUCCGUGGUACUCCCUCUCGUGGCCGUGGCCGUCCAACCCGCGGCCGUGCAUUACUUGAUCCACAUGACGCAGAGGAGGAGGAUAGGGAAAGACGUAGAGACUGCCGAGAACUGCAGGCCGUUGAUCUUACUGGCUGCAUCAGCACCGUUUUCGUCAAUGCGCUCGAUGAAUUUGCGGCCACCCAUCUGCUUCCCUUGGAGGGUGUCGAGGCGGUGUCGUCGCCCAGAAUGAGUCUCGAUGAACCUCUAGUUUUCCCCGGUCUUCAACGUCUUGGUAUGCGGGGCGUGAAGAGUGUCCCAUCAAGGACUCUGGCUGCUUUUGUGUUGGCAUUCCCAGCGCUGACUCAUCUCGACCUUUCUGGGACAAGGGUCAGCCCAGAGCUGCUUUAUGGGCUCUCCGCAUCCACUACCGUCAGACUGCAGUCUCUGGCACUGGCUCGUUGCGUCAAAUUGACGGGUGAUAGCAUCACUGAUCUACUCGUCAACUCGCUGGCGACUAAGGAGCUCAAAGAACUCAAUCUGUAUGGCGAUUUGACCUACUCUUCGCCUCUUUCAGAAGAAAAUCUUGUCUCGCUUUUCACCGAGGCGCCUUGUUUUGUCUUGGGCACGUUGAUCUAUUUAGAUCUAUCUGCCGCCCCAAUCACGUGCGAUGUCCUGGCCAAAGCCCCCAUACAACCACGACUACGCUCAUUGGGUCUCUCUCACAUCGCCAACUUGGAGCUCAGGGCAGUUCAAGAGUUCCUCCGGACAAAGGCGACGAAUGUUGAAGUCCUCAGUUUAUCAGGGACUUGCCCAGAAUUGGAUUGUGGCGCGCGUGGAGGUUCUGCUCGGCAGGCCAGCAUUUCCCUCCACACUCAUCUUAUACGGCCAUUAUGCACUCCGCCGUUUUCGUUCUCCAUUUCAAGUCCCGCGGCUGGCACUUUACCUCCUCCCACCAAUCUUCGUGUGGUGGAGCUUGCUCCCGCGAUGCUUAAUGCCCUUGGUCAAGGGGCAGGUGCAUGGCGGAUAAUUCGGAGUAAGGGCGGCCGAGGCUGGUAUGUGGAUACGGCUAGCGGUUGGAUCGCUGGUGUGCUGCGUCGCGAUUUACCCAAAGACCACGACUGGCGUCGUUCUCUCGAGCAGUUAUCAGAGGCAAAUGGUAACGUCACCAGUGGGAUUGGCUGGCAUGCCCGCAAGAUGGAGAUUCUCUACGGCCAUGGCAUGCUGGGACAUGAAGAUGGGCUUUAUGGCGCUGUUUCGUUUGCAUAUCAAGGGUGA